AUGUCAGGGGCGACGGCCGCUGACCUAGCUGGGAUCAUUCGCAGCCGCGUCGCCUUCAUCAACUCUCAACUGGCGGCUGGGGUAGACAGGGAUGGGCUGUUGACGAGGCAGCCGCGCGCGCUCAUCGCAACGAUCAGCUCGGUGCCCGGUCUCACGGCGGAGCACGGCGCUGCGAUCUCUAAUGAGAUCACUGCUGGGCCGUGGUCGGCAGGGCAGAAGGCGGCCACGGUAGCAACUGUCGAAGAAGUGUUUGCGGGCGGCAUCACUAGCACUGGAGGCAGCCGCCCCCAGCAGCACUGCGAUCAUUCCCAUGCUUGCCUGACCCUCGACGACUGGCAGUUCAUCCAGGACCAGUCGCUUUCGCGGGCUGCAAAGGUGGAGCGGCUGGCGAUGCGAGCGUGGAGCAUCGGCAUCACUUGCCCAGCCGAGUCGGUGACCGGCGAUGACUUCCAAGCGGCCGUCAAACUGCUGGACUCCAGCCAGCGGUGGCCAUUCGGUCACAUCAAGAGGUACUUGGCGUCUGCCGAUAUGCUGCCGCCCUCGGUCUUCCAGUUCGCCUACCAGGGCGUUGCGCCGACUUGGCCGUUUGACCACCAUGAAUGGGAUCGCGCGGCCUACGACGCUACCAUCAAGCGGGCCGUCAGCAG